GUGAGAAUUACUUCUUCCUUCCCUUCCCCUACUUCCCAUCUAUUCCCGCCAAUCUUCCUUUCUCCAGCCUUCCCUGACAAACCCUCAUUCCUUAAUAUCACUUUCCUUUUCACAAUUUCCUAGUUCCCAUGCAUUGCCAUCUCUCUUUGGUCAUUAUUCUUUCCAUUCUGUCAUGGUCAUUUCUUUCUGCUGCGUUCAGUUUUUCUGCUGGGACACCGACACAGUGCGAUGAUAUCAGCAUAACAUGGAAUGGUGGCACUGCUCCCUACCUGUUACUUUUGACUCCCGUCUUCGGGACGCCAAGGAACAUAUCCAUCCCUGAUUCUGCGUACAGCAGUGGGAAGGGAACGUAUGAAACACAGAUCCCGUUCUCUUCAGGACAAAAAUUCGUCAUGGUUAUGUCGGAUGCGUCUGGCUUCGGAGCAGGAGGAGCCACUGAACUUUUGACCGUCGGAUCAUCCCUUGGAGGCAGUUGUAAUACUACAGAUCCUGGUGUUGACUUUUCAUUCGAACUAAACUCCGCUCUCCAGCAAUGCAGGACAUACACCUUUAGUGCAUACACCAGUGCUGUACAACCUGUCACUAUUAUGGGAAUAAUUCCCGAUGGAGACACCUUUGUUAUUAAUCCGCCGGAAGGGCCUACCGAGUACGAUUGGACCGCCGACGUCUACAACGGCACGAGUAUCAUAUUCGCUAUGGCCGAUUCAGAAGGCCGCCAAGGCGGAAGUUCCGACGUCAAGACUGUCGGGAUAUCUACUGAUCAGUCAUGCAUUGAUGAUUCGUCGCCGUCAUCUACUGCAACGCCUUCUUCUACAUCCUUACCUUCCACGUCCUCCACCACUUCUGCUACGACGUCGACAACCACUAGCAGCUCGGGUACAUCAAUCGGUGCAAUCGCAGGCACCGUUUUAGGUGGACUCGUAUUUUUGGCCGCUGUCAUCACUCUUGCCUUAUUUUUCCUUCGACGGAAACGCGACCGCGAUAACCGUUGGGAUAAUGGGACCGACCUCGAGCGUCACUCGCGUAGAUUACAAUCGGAUAUUGACCUAGCCGAUGGUUACGAUGCGAGAGGCCACGCAAACACACCAUCAGGAUCUGCCUUCCCAUUCUUCGUUCGCGGUACAGAUUACGCCCCCACGACGCCAGACUCAGAGGCUGCAGACCAUUAUAAUCGUGGAAUGCCUGAUUCGCAACCAAAUCCUUUCGCUUCUCCUCAGGACCACGACCACAGUCCGACAUCUAUCGAUCCAUUCACCGCUCAUCACCAUAGUCAGCCAUCUGGUUCUCAAACUAUGUCAUCUGCUCAGCGGAAGGCAGCCACGGCAGGCGCUGCUAGUUACACUCCUUCUCGAUUCAUCCUGCACACAGACGCAGACGAUGUUCCAUUGCCACCUCCCAAUGAGGAUGGUGUGGUAGAACUUCCCCCUCAAUAUUCUGAACGAACAGCGCCUCAGAGCAUUCCUUCACGAUCAUCGUUGUCCAGGACAGUUGAUGAUGCUCCUUUAUAUUCAGCGUCAUCGCAGCUCUCUUCUUCGCAAUCGCAUCAUUCGCCCUCAUGACCUUUCAAUCUUCUCUGCGUUGCAAAUAUUUUUAAUUAUUUGUAGGAUCGU